AUGUCGCAGGUGGACCUGGUCAUCCUCAUCCUGGCCGUCGCCCUGCCGCUGCUGUGGUGGUUCCGCGAGUCGCUGCCCUUCAUCGGCGGCAAGCCCAAGACCGCCGCCGAUGCCGCCCUCAAGCGCGGUGGAGCCGGUGCUGACGAGGAGGGCGACCCCCGUGAUUUCGUUGGAAAGAUGGAGCGCGGCAACAAGAAGUGCGCCGUCUUCUAUGGUUCCCAGACCGGCACUGCCGAGGAGUUUUCGAUCCGUCUCGCCAAGGAGGCCAAGUCGCGCUUCGGCGUGAGCUCGCUCGUGUGCGACCCGGAGGAGUACGAGUUCCGCAACCUUGACCAGAUCCCCGAGGACAAGGCCGUCGUGUUUGUCAUGGCGACCUAUGGCGAGGGCGAGCCGACCGACAAUGCGCAGCAGCUCAUGGAGUUCCUCGAGGAGGAGGAGCCCGAGUUUUCCAACGGCUCCACCCUCGAGAACCUCAACUAUGUCGUUUUCGGCCUCGGCAACAAGACCUACGAGCACUACAACGCUGUUGCGCGCAAGCUCGACGAGCGCCUGACCGCCCUCGGCGCCAAGCGCAUUGGCGAGCGCGGUGAGGGUGACGACGACAAGGCUCUCGAGGAGGACUAUCUCGCGUGGAAGGACGACAUGUGGGUUGCCUUUGCCGAGCGCCUCGGCGUUGAGGAGGGUGGUGCCGGCGAUGUUGCCGACUUUGAGGUCACCGAGGUCGGCGAGGACGUCCCCGCCAACAAGAUCUUCCACGGCGAGCUGUCCCCCCGUGCCCUCGUUGCUGCUGCUUCCGGUACCACGACCCCUGUUGGCUCCUACGACUCGAAGAACCCGUACCCCGCCCCCGUCCACACUGCCCGCGAGCUGUUCGAGGUCGGCGCCGACCGCAACUGUGUCCACAUUGAGUUUGACACGACCGGCACCCCGAUCACGUACCAGCACGGCGAUCACGUUGGUGUCUGGCCCUCGAACCCCGAUGUCGAGACUGAGCGCAUGCUCAGCAUUCUCGGUCUCCAGGACAAGCGCACCCAGGCGAUCACCGUCGAGUCGCUCGACCCCGCCCUCGCCAAGGUCCCCUUCCCCGUUCCCGCCACGUACGAGGCCAUCUUCCGCCACUACCUUGACAUUUCCGCCACUGCUUCCCGCCAGACUGUUGCCUUCCUUGCUCGCUACGCCCCCAACGAGGCCGCCAAGGAGAAGCUGACCCGCUGGGGCUCGGACCGUGACAUUUACGCUGCCGAGGUCGACGGUGCCCGUCUCACUCUUGGCGAGGUGCUUCAGGCCGCCGCCGGCGACAAGCUCACCGACAACUCGAACGUGACCAAGUGGGACAUUCCCUUUGACCGCAUCAUUUCCGUCAUCCCUCGUCUCCAGCCGCGCUACUACUCGAUCUCGUCGUCGUCCAAGAUGCACCCGCACUCGAUCCACGUCACGGCCGUCGUGCUCAAAUACGAGUCGAAGCCCUCGCUCGCGCACGAGUCGCAGCCGCGCUGGGUGUACGGCCUGUCUACCAACUUUAUCCAGAACAUCAAGCUUGCCUCGGACCAGACCAAGAGCGGCGACAACCUCGCCGUGACCAACGGCCACGCGAACGGCAACGCCAACGGCCACGUCAAGGUCGGCGGUCUCGCCGGCGGCGUCGCCGGCAUCGAGCUCGACGGCAUGCCGACGUACAAGAUCAGUGGCCCGCGCGACUUCCACUUCCGCGACAACAUCUACCGCGUCCCCGUGCACGUGCGCCGGAGCACCUUCCGCCUCCCGACUUCGCCCAAGGUGCCGAUCAUCAUGAUCGGCCCCGGCACCGGCGUUGCGCCCUUCCGCGGCUUUGUGCAGGAGCGCGUCGUGCUCGCGCAGCGCGCCAAGGAGAAGAACGGCCCCGACGCGCUCAAGGACUGGGCGCCCAUGUUCCUCUUCUACGGGUGCAGGCGCGCAGACGAGGACUUCCUGUACAAGGACGAGUGGCCCAAGUACCAGGUCGAGCUCGACGGCAAGCUCCAGAUGCAGGUCGCCUUCUCCCGCGGCCCGGAGCGCAAGCCGGACGGUUCCAAGAUCUACGUCCAGGACCUCAUCUGGGCCGCGCGCAAGGAGCUCGCGCCCCUCAUCCUCGAGCGUCGUGCGUACGUCUACAUCUGUGGUGACGCGAAGAACAUGGCUCGUGAAGUUGAGGCCCGGAUCGCCCAGAUGCUCGGCGACGCGAAGGGCGGGUCCGAGGCCGAGGGAGCAAAGGAGCUCAAGCUAUUAAAGGAGCGCAAUAGGCUGCUCCUUGACACGUGGUCGUAG